CUGGCUGGUUGAUCCUGCUAGAACUGCAACAGAUUCAGCAUGGUACCGUCAGUUACCCUCAACAAUGGAGCAAAGAUGCCUAUUGUGGGUCUGGGAACAUGGAGGGCAGAGCAGGGAAAGGUCACAGAGGCUGUGAAGGUGGCGAUAAGUGCCGGCUACAGGCACAUCGAUGGUGCUUAUGUGUACGACAAUGAAGACGAAGUUGGGGCUGGAAUUCAUGCGGUGAUUGAUCAAGGGGUGGUCAAGAGGGAGGAACUCUUUGUUGUCAGUAAGUUAUGGUGCACCUUCCACAUUCCAUCUCUGGUGAGGGGAGCCUGCGAGAAAACACUCAGUGACCUAAAACUGGACUACCUGGACCUUUACCUCAUGCAUUUCCCAAUGGGAGCUAAGCCAGGGGAUGAGAUUUUUCCUUUAGAUGAGGAAAGCAAGUUAAUUUCUGAUGGCAGCAACUUCUUGGACACUUGGGAGGCUAUGGAAAAGCUGGUGGACGAUGGGUUGGUCAAGGCUAUCGGCAUCUCCAACUUCAACAAAGACCAGAUUGAAGCCAUCCUCAACAAGCCAGGCCUCAAGUACAAGCCCGCCACCAACCAGAUCGAGUGCCAUCCGUACCUGACCCAGGAGAAGCUGAUCAACUACUGCCACUCAAAGGGCAUCUCAGUGACAGCUUACAGCCCCCUGGGCUCCCCUGACAGACCCUGGGCUUCAUCUGAUGAACCCUCUUUGCUGCAGGAACCUAAGAUCAAGGCCAUCGCUGACAAGUACAACAAGAGUCCUGCACAGGUUCUCAUCAGGUUCCACAUCCAGAGGAAUGUGGUCGUCAUUGCCAAGUCAGCAACGCCACAUCGAAUCAAGGAAAACUUCCAGGUGUUCGACUUUGAGCUGAGUGAAGACGACAUGAAGACCAUGCUGAGCUUGAACAAUAACUGGAGAGGAUUCAAAAUGGAAUGGGCCAGCAAACACAAAGACUUCCCCUUGAAUACAGAAUACUAAAUCAUCAGACAAUAUGCGUCCUGACUAAUGUGCUUAUUAAGACUGAGCCGGAGAAAUUCAACUGAAAGUGAUCACUAUAAAUGCUACGUAGCUACUAAAGCAAGCUGCUCA